AUGUUCCGGAGCAUGGUUGCUGGAAGCUCCUCGGCCAUGAUCGUGGGCCUCGCUGGCACCAUGGUCAGCAGCAUGAUAUGGGGCACGGCCACGCUUCCCUUCAUCAUCUGCUCCUCGAUCGGGUUCUUCGGCGGCAGUCUUCGGUGGUACAUGGUCUCGAGCCAGGAAGCGCUGCAGCAGCUAGACCGGUAUCCCGCGCUGCUGCGGAUGCACGUCAUUGCCAAUUUCCCCUGGCUUCCCGAGUACGCGCGUUACGGGCCGGCCUGGUACACGUCGCGGAGGUUUGGGGCGACCUGGGUGCGAAAAAGCAUCCUCGUUGCGAGCUGGCUGUCGGCACAGCCGGCGUUGGACGAGAUUCACCAGCAGGCUGAGGCUGCGAUUGUGCAGGAGUAUGCCGAGGGUCGUUGA